CCCAAAAUUCUCAUUUCCGAUUUCCCUCUUUGCGAAAAGUUGAAAACCCUAAACUCCCCCCCCCCCUCUCUGAACUCCCGCCGUCUGCCCCUCCGCCUUCGUAUUGGGCAGUCGUCGCAGCCUCGAGAUCUGCCGCCGGUCGCAGCGCCGCAUCUAGAUCUGCUUCGGCCUCCGCCUCCGCCUUCGGCCGUCGUCAGCCCCUCCGCCUUCGGUCGUCGUCGGCCCCUCCGCCCCAUCGCCUCCGCCUCCGUCUUCGGUGGUCGUCACCACCUCGAGAUCUUCCCCCGGUCGUCAUCGCCGCCUCCAGAUCGGCCUCCGGUCGUCGUCCGCCCCUCCGCCUCCAUCUUCGGUCGUCGUCGUCGCCGCCGCCUCCAGAUCAGCCUCCGGUCGUCGCCUCCUCCAGUUCAGCCUACGGUCGUCGCCUAGGAGUUUUUUGCACCGAAUCUGAAUACACACUUCACCGAGUCUGAAUAUUGUUCACACAGACUGAUUCUGAUGUUGAGUGCUGAUCUAUAGAUUGCCUCUCAACUUUGUCAGAUCUAGUCUGUCUUUGGAGUUUGGCUGGUUGAUUUCUGGGUGAACAUUUCCCAGAAUUUGAUAUUGAAUUGUACCUUUGUUUUAUUGUGGCAUCCUGAAUGAUAGAGACUGGUGAAAUUUGGCAUUAUAAGCUUUCUCACAAAUAUGGAUGUACCUUCAGCCCAAGAAAAAAGUGAAACUGGACAAGGAUCAAAUCCCAGGAAAACAGCAUCCAUACAAGAACUUUUGUUUGAUUCCAAAAAUCUAUCUAGUCAGCCAACUGAAGAAAAAGUGGGAAUCGGCACUGAAAACAUAAACAAGGACUUAGCAGGACCCAGGACUGCUAAUUGUGAUUGCACUGGUAUUGAACAAAUUAUCCCACUUCAAGAAGACUCGACCAAAAAUUCAAAUUGUGAACAAUUUGGACAACUAGAAGUUGUUGUCCCGUGCUCUAAUCCUGAUCAGUUAAGUUUACUAUCAGAAGCUGCAGAUGGAAAAGAAAUUAGUGCUAGACAAGUUAUGGAAGAACUGAAUGAUGAGCUUGGUUAUGAAAACCUUAGUGAUACAAUUGUAGGAAAAAACAUACAUGGCAUUGCAAAUAUUCAUGGUGGACCAGCUGAAGCUGAGAUAGUAGAACCCAGCCAUUUUGUCCUUGAACAACAUAGUCCACCUUUGGCAGAUGUGAACAGAAAUUCUAUGGGGGAGCAAUUGACACCACAUCCGGAAGAUGAUAGGAAGUCUGGUCUGGAAGAAGUGGCAUCACUGCCUGAAGAUGAGACAGCAAGUAUUGCUUGUGAACAAUUGGAAGCAUUACCAGAUAAUGAGCCCAAGAAUGUUGAUGAACAGUUGGAACAAUUACCAGAUAAUGAGUCCAAUAAUGUUGAGGAGCAAUUGGGACUCUUACCAGAUAGCGAGUCCAAGAAGGUUGAUGAACAAUUGGAACCAUUACCAGGUAAUGAUGAGUCCAAGAAUGUUGACGAACAAUUGGAACCCUUAGCACAUAACGAGUCCAAGAAUGCUGAUGAACAAUUGGAACUGUUACCAGAUAAUGAGUCAAAGAGUGUUGACAAGCAAUUGGCAUCGUUACCAGAUAAUGGUGAGUCCAAAAAUGUUGACAAACAAUUGGAACCAUUACCAGAUAAUGAGUUUGGCGAACAAUUGGAACCUUUACCAGGUGAUGAGUCCAAGAAUGUUGAUGAACAAAUGGAACAAUUUCAAGGUGAUGAGUCCAAGAAUGUUGAUAAACAUAUGGGGCAGGUGCCAGAACAUGAGUCCAAGAGUGUUCACAAACAAUUGGAACUGUUACCAGAUAAUGAGUCCAAGAAUGUUGAUGAGCAGUUGGAACCGUUACCUGAUAAUGAGUCCAAGAAUGUUGACAAUCAAUUGGAAUCAUUGCCAGAUAACAAGUCCGAGAGUGUUGAUGCAAGUGCUAGUCAUGAACCAUUAUCAGGUCAAUUAGAACUGCAGCCAGAAGAUGCAGCAAGAAAUCCUAGAAAUCCAGGUGGCAAGUAUAGAAGAUCUUCUGCAAAAUUAACAGAAGGAAAAAGUGCACAUAAAUCUUCUGUAGACACUACCAGAGUCUUACGUUCAAGGUUACGUGAGAAAACUAAAGCUCUUGAACCAAGUGAUAAUUUGACAGAGCAUGCUGAUGGUGCUGAUGGAGAAAAGCAGAGGAAGAACAGCAAAAAGAGACAGAUGAAGAAGAUUUCAGUUAAUGAAUUCUCAAGAAUUAGAACACACCUGAGAUACUUAUUGCACCGAAUGAGCUAUGAGCAAAACUUGAUUGAUGCCUACUCCGGUGAAGGUUGGAAAGGACAAAGCCUAGAAAAGAUAAAGCCAGAGAAGGAGCUUCAGAGAGCAAAAUCUGAAAUUUUCCGCUGCAAACUGAAAAUUAGAGAUCUAUUUCAACGUCUUGAUUUGUCAAUUGCUGAAGGGAGGCUUCCUGCGUCCCUCUUUGAUUCUGAAGGACAGAUUGACAGUGAGGAUAUCUUCUGUGCGAAAUGUGGGUCUAAAGAUCUGCCAGCUGAUAAUGAUAUCAUCCUCUGUGAUGGUGCUUGUGAGCGUGGUUUCCAUCAAUUCUGUUUGGAACCACCAUUGCUAAAGGAAGACAUUCCUCCUGGUGAUGAGGGCUGGCUUUGCCCUGGAUGUGAUUGCAAGGUUGACUGCAUUGGUUUGCUUAAUGAUUCUCAAGGAACUAGUCUUUCAGUUCUUGACACCUGGGAGAAGGUGUUUCCUGAGGCUGCGUCUGCAGCAGCUGGAAAUAAGCUGGAUGAUUUUCUGGGACUUCCGUCAGAUGACUCAGAGGAUAAUGAUUAUGAUCCUGAUGGUUCAGAGGUGGAUGAGAAAGUUGAGGGAGAUGAAUUGGGUUCUGAUGAAUCUGAUUUCUAUUCUGCUUCCGAAGGUUUUGGGGCUUCCCCAGAUAGCAAGCAGAACUUUGGGCUUUCUUCUGAUGAUUCAGAGGAUGAUGAUUAUGAUCCUAAUGCUCCAGAUUUGGACGAGCAGCUGAAGCCAGAGAGUUCAAGUUCUGAUUUCACAUCUGAUUCUGAGGAUUUUGGUGUUGCAUUUGAUAACAUAUUUCCAGGAAAAAAUGAACCAACACUUGCUGAAAGCAUGGCUGCAUCUGCCCAUACCAAGCCCCACAAGGGCUUUGAUGGGGAAAGAUCUAAUGCUAGUGGGAGGAACAAACAGUCUCUAAAUGAGGAGCUGUUUUCUCUAUUACAGUCGGAUCCUGGCCAAGAGGAUUCUGCACCUGUAUCUGGAAAAAGGAAUAUAGAAAGGUUGGACUACAAAAAGCUAUAUGAUGAGACAUUUGGAGAUGUUACAUGCAAUUCAAGUGAUGAAGAUUGGAUGGAUGCUGCUGAGCCCCCCAAAAAAAGAAGGAAUAACGGUAAUGAUAAAGUUGUUUUUGCGUCGUCUGGCGAGAAGACUCCAGUCAAACAGGGGACAAAUGCUGAGGCUAUGAACCUAAGUCAGGAAGAUGGUGAACAUGCUCUGAAGAGAAGAGCUCAUAAGCGGCUUGAUGUUGAAGCCACAAAUAAUUCACCUGGUUCUGAUUGUAAUAGUACUAAGAAAUCGCCUUUUAGAAGACUUGGAGAAGCUACGACACAGGUACUUUUGAAAUCGUUCAAGGAAAACCAAUACCCAGAGCGAGCUACAAAAGAGAAUUUGUCAAAAGAACUAGGAAUCACUGUCUCUCAGGUUAGCAAAUGGUUUGAAAAUGCACGUUGGAGCUUCCGUCACCACCCAUCACGGUUGAGAUCAAAUAUGGUGGAAAAUGUUGAAAACGAGGUGACUCCACCUCAAACAAAUCUGUCAGAGUCUGGAUCAAAAAUGGCUACAGAAAGCCUCAAGUGUAAUGGAGCUGAAAGCAAGGAACUGAACAUAGUGAAUUCUAGUCAGACCACAAGCACUCAAGUAAGUAGCAGGCAGAGAUCUAGAACUCCAAGAGGCUGCAAGAGGAAAAGUCAGUCAGAUCAUCAAGCAUCAGAACAACUUUCGAGUAGUAAAGAGGCAACAAAGCUUAGUGAACCAAUCGAUAAACCAAAAGCUCAAGCAUCACAUAAGAGUUCUAGACGUAAGUAGGAAAUCUUCUUAUUGACUGCUGCUGGGAUAUGCUUUUUAUUGGUUACUGCUUGGAAGAGUGGAACAACUGAGUCGUCCUGGAUGGCUCUCGUAUAUUUAUGUUAUCCAGAUCUGUUGCCCCAUUGGGUGAGUGUUACGAGGUUCUGCUGAAUCCAUUCGUAUGGAUGCUCGACAAUUUGCCAAUUCAACCAGCCUCAGAUUCAACAUUAAUUUAGUGCAUAGCAUGAAGAUAAAACCUUCAUAUUGAUAUGCUUUUCGUGGGGAAAUUUUCCCCAGAAACCUAGAGAGGUAGAGCGACAAGGUACUGUUUUCCAAACCAAUUGUACCAUAUCUAGUUCAGGCUUUUGCCUGCUCCAGUCGAACUAUAUUCCAACCAUCUGUUUUAGGGAAAUUAUUGGGAAGAAGGCAUUACCUUGCAUUGUACACUAUGUUCUCUGUUCGCCUGGAAUGUUGUUAAGAGUGCAAGGGAGUUCCAAAUUUUAGUGAAAUGAACAAAAUUCUGUGUCUGGAUUUUAAACAACUGAGUCUUGAGUUAUGUUUUUCUCAGGAAGUUGGUUACACACUUCUCA